AUGAGCGAUACUCUACAAACCGGCAGCUCCAAAAAAGUGUGGCUCGUGACUGCAUGCUCGUCGGGUUUCGGCAAGGAGAUUGUGUUGAAAGCGCUUGCUCGGGGAGACCACGUGAUUGCCACUGCUCGCGACGUGAAUAAGCUUCGGGACCUCGAAGACCGAGGAGCUCGCACACUGUCGCUGGAUGUGACGGCAGGUGAUGCUGAGCUCGAAAAGGUGAUCGCCAAAGCUCUGAGUUUCUAUGGCACCAUCGACAUCCUCGUAAACAAUGCAGCUUUCCUGCUUGGUGGAGCAGUUGAAGAAUGCUCAAACGAAGAGGCGUACCAGCAGUACAACACCAAUGUAUUCGGGGUGCUGCGGAUGCUGCGGUUUGUACUGCCUCACAUGCGCGCCAAAAAGUCGGGUGUUAUAGCUAACAUCGGGUCUGCGAGCGGAUGGACGGGAAUCAAGGCGAUGGGUGUGUAUGGCUCUACGAAGUUCGCUCUUGCUGGGCUUACGCUGGCCUUGCGCGCUGAGCUGGAGCCGUUUGGUAUUGAAGUGACGAUCAUUGAACCAGGUUCAUUCCGAACAGCGAUUUUGAGCAAGGGCUUUUCGGCGAUGAAGAACUCCAUCUCAGAGUACUUGCCCGUCACUCAGCAUCUGCACGACCGCAUCACCCGACUCAACGAUGAAACGUCCGGAGAAAAGCAGCCUGGUGAUCCAUCAAAGGGUGCGCAAGUUAUCGUCGAAGUGCUAACCAAGACCGGGCGUUGUGCCGGCAAAAGAAUUCCCAGUCGCAUGCUCUUGGGCAAAGAUGCAGUGAACAUCGGGGACGCCGUUCUGCGGGAAACCCGCCGCGAGUUCGACAGCUGGGCUGCGAUGGCAGCUUCGACGGACUAUGACGACAUCGUCCAAGCCAGGCUGUAG